GUAAACUGCAUACGGAAUAUACCACAAGGGGGUAAACGGAAUUAUUUUACCCUCGUUCUUAUGAGCGCCUCCUGUUUCUCGAACUUCCAUAGCCUUCUCUCUCUCUCUCUCUCUCUCUCAAAAUGGAUCAUUCAUUCGGAGGAGGAAGCUGGUCAAUGAUCCCAAACAUUCAAGUCCACAGUAACCCAACUACACCCUCCAAUCAGGACCAUUUAUUCCUCCAACCCCAACAACAACAAUUUCAACCCCAGCAACAGUUCCAUCAUCAACAGCAACAACAAUUCCAUAAUCAGCAACAACAGCAGCAGUUUUCCCAGCAACAAUUUCAACCACCACAACAACAACAAUUGCAACAACAGCAACAGAGAUAUCCACAACAACAGCCACAGCCACAGCAACAGAGCCAUCACCACCCAUCACUCGCUUCUCACUUCCAUCUACUUCAUUUAGUGGAGAAUUUAGCAGACGCUAUCGAGAAUGGAACUAGGGAUCAACACUCUGAUUCAUUGGUUACUGAAUUGACCAGCCAAUUUGAGAAAUGCCAGCAGCUUCUGAACUCAAUAUCAGGAUCAAUCAAUGCAAAAGCAAUGACUGUAGAGGGGCAAAAGAGGAAGCUUGAAGAGAGCGAACAAUUGCUUAAUCAACGGAAGGAUCUGAUUUCCAAGUAUAGAAACUCCGUUGAAGAGCUUAUCAAGUCCGAACCCUAGUUGCUUGUCAUAUUCGCCAAAUAUGGCAGAUGGCAAUUUUAUGACAUUCUAAGUGGCUCCUGGACUUUGCCGAUCUGGAGGAAGACAGUUUCAUCAAAUACGACCAAUUUGAUGGAUUAGAUGUCUGUUUCAUGGAUAACAUCCAUAUUGUAGUAUGACCGUUGGAUAGAGUCGUUUCUGGAGUUUUUGACAAAGCAUUGCCAUCUUUCUGUAGUCAUCUGAAACUAUAUUUUUUUGUUUUUGUUUUUCUUUUGUAAUGCCUCCUUAUUUUGGCGUUAAAAGGCUGCAUAUCAUUUCUGAUGAACUACCUGUGUCUAUAGGGGUGCAAAUGAGACGAGCUGAGCUGAGCUUUGUAUUGUUUGAGCAUAAUUUGUUUACUAAAUGAGCCUAAAACUCUACCUAACAAG